AGCAAACAAUACUGACUCUAGAUCACUUUUGCGCUAAUAUCACUGCAUCAUAAAUAAGUAUGUGGAUGUUGCGGGUCGCAUUUGACAGCUGUCAGUUUCACGUGCUCAGUGUCGGGGUGGUCAUCCUGACGAACGGAAAUAAAACUCGGGUCUAAUUUCACUCGGUUGGUCAUUAAGAGGGAGAGGAAGGAAAUGCUGGUACACGCUGCACGAGCCACGGUUACUUGAGAAUUUUUACCUGUGUCGUAAAUGACGUUUUAAGGCGUGAGUCAGAGCUGAGACCAGGGCGGUCUUUAUUUAUACUCCUAAUUAACGAACUAUUUAAAUUCGAUUCUUCAUCUCUUGUUUCGUCUUUUCGGCUUUCGAUAUGUCUAACAACAAGCGUUCGCAACCGUCAUGGAGUCCACCAGAUACCAAAUCUCGUCUGACUCUGAAACUUUUCAAUAGUCUAACUCGACAAAAAGAGGAAUUCAUACCUCAAAAUGGGAAUAGAGUUUACUGGUACAGUUGCGGUCCAACGGUGUACGACGCUUCACAUAUGGGCCACGCUAGGUCUUAUAUAUCUUUUGAUAUAUUGCGACGUGUACUCUCCGACUACUUUGGCUAUGAUGUCUUAUACGUGAUGAAUAUCACCGAUAUUGAUGACAAAAUUAUAAAAAGAGCAAGACAAAACCACUUGUACGAAGAGUACAUCAAAGAAAACCACAAUCUCGACAAAGUACUGGAUGACGCGAAGAAGGUGAUGACGGCAUUUGAAGGUACAGUCAGGUCUACCUCUGAUCCCGACAAGACCCGUAUGAUGGAAACAAUGCUGAAGAAAAUUACCAUGGCAGUGGAAGAUCUUGAAAAGGCUGUUACAGAAAAUGACCAAGUCAAGUUGAAAGAGUCCCAGAAUGCCUUACUGAACCAAGCCAGGGAUCCUCUUGCUGAAUGGCUUGAUAGAGAAAAGGGAUCUACAGUUACUGAAAAUUCCAUCUUUAGCAAGCUUCCGCAGUACUGGGAGACAGAGUAUCACAAAGAUAUGGAUGCCCUUAAUGUGUUGCGACCGAAUGUGCUGACCAGAGUUAGUGAAUACAUUCCUGAAAUUAUAGAUUAUAUCAAAAAAAUCAUUGCUAAUAAUCUUGCAUACGAAAGUAAUGGUUCUGUUUACUUUGAUGUGAGUGGCUUUGAUAAACGGGAUAAUCAUCAUUAUGCCAAACUUGUUCCCGAGGCUUAUGGAGAUGCCAACAGUUUGCAAGAAGGAGAAGGUGACUUGUGCAUUUCUGAAGAUCGUCUCUCUGAAAAACGAUCGCCAACAGAUUUUGCUCUCUGGAAAUGCUCAAAGGCAGGCGAACCUUGGUGGAACAGCCCGUGGGGUAAGGGUCGGCCUGGAUGGCACAUAGAAUGUUCAGUUAUGGCUUCUGCGAUCUGUGGGGAAAGUCUAGAUAUUCAUACGGGUGGGGUGGAUUUAAAGUUUCCACAUCAUGAUAACGAGUUGGCACAAGCUGAAGCAUAUUUUGAUAAUUCACACUGGGUGAGAUAUUUUUUGCACUCCGGUCAUUUGACAAUAUCAGGAUGCAAGAUGUCGAAAUCCUUGAAAAACUUUGUGACCAUUCAAGACGCUUUGAAAAAACAUACAGCAAGGCAGCUCCGGCUAGCAUUUCUUCUGCAUUCUUGGAAGGAUACGUUAGAUUAUAGCGAUAAUACGAUGGAAAUGGCUAUCCAAUAUGAAAAGUUUUUGAAUGAAUUCUUUCUCAAUGUUAAAAAUAGGACUAGGCACAUGAGCAAUAAUACGACUUUGAAUACUUUUAGUAAGUGGAACAAGGCUGAACUAGAACUUUAUAACAAGUUUUGCACUACAAAGGAUUCUGUACAUGCCGCUCUUUGUGACAACAUUGACACUAGAUCGGUACUGGAUGCUUUGAGGGAUAUUGUUGCACACAGCAACAUCUACAUGAGGGAUAGUACAGGUUUGAAUAACUUAUUGCUUCGCGACAUUGCCGUGUACAUCACAAAAAUACUUUCUGUUUUUGGUGCAAUUCCUAAUUUCCAACAUGCCAACAUUGGGUUUCCUCUUACUUGCGAUAAUAACGAAAGUAAUAACAUUGAGGAAAAAGUAAUGCCAUACUUGGAGAUUUUUGCGGAUUUCCGAGGAAGCGUAAGAUCUCAAGCGAGAACUUUGAAGGCUACCAAUAUUCUUGAAGAAUGUGAUCGAUUGCGAGAUGAGAUUCUACCAAAUGUUGGUGUAAGAUUGGAAGAUCACGAAGGCAAAGCUAGUAUUGUGAAGUUGGUUGACAGGGAAACUUUACUCAAAGAAAAAGAGGCUAAAAGACUACUGAAAGCUGAAAAAGCUGCAGAAGAAGAAAGAAGAAAAGCAGAAGCCCAAGCUCUGGCAGCAGCAAAACGCGCCAAAAAUAUAAUACCACCGAGUGACAUGUUCAAGCUUGAAAAAGGAAAAUACUCUCAAUUCAAUGAUAAGGGACUACCAACUCACGACAUUGACGGAAAAGAAAUCAGUAAGGGUCAGUUAAAAAAGUUGCAGAGGAUGCAACAGGCUCGGGAGCGAAAAUAUAACAAGUAUCUAGCCACCCUCCAAAAUGGCGUAUAGUUAACAACGGUUGUGGCAUCUAGUGUAUACGGCGGCAUGAAACUUACCAGAGUCUAUCUUACAGACAAUUUAUGACAGAUAUUGUAUUUUUCACUUUUAUAGUGACUGCCUAUUCUCUUUAAAUUAAAAACAUAAGGCAGAUUUGUGGCGUAGAGGAUCUUUUUGCGAAGAGUACCAGAUAAUCAAGUAUCAAAAGAAAAAGUGUAUUCGUACAGAUCGGAUCAAUAUAAAUGUUGAGAUACAAAUCCAAAAUGAUCUCAAGGUAGACUACGCUAGUUGUAUCCUUAGAGGUAUUUCAACACAUCAAGAAUGUUUCAUUCAUUGCUUUAGUUAUUACUUAUAAUUGAAUUACAUGCAAUACCUUAAAUAAUAGUACUAAAAUUUCAGCGGUCAUUUUUGGUCUUUAUACCAUUUAUCCAAUUCCAUGUGGAUAUUAUAAUAAUAUGCUAAAUUUAAUACAUGGAGAAUUCCACGCCGUUAUGAUUAGGCUGCACACCUUCCAAUCUUGGAUUUUGCUUUUGAUCUUCUCACAGACAGUUUUACGUGACAGAAACACUGUUGAAUAAUUUUAGAGCAUGGAAUUCCCCAUUCGUACAGCUAGCGCGGUAGAUUCUAUCGCCAGACAUCUGUGUUUAUUUGAAUCAUAUACUUAGAUGAGAAACUGAAGCCAUCAGCAACAAAUUCAAUUUUGUUGAUUGUUCAUAAAUGGAAUUAAGGGGAAAACAUAAUCUUUGCCAUUUUUUCAGGUUCUGAGAAACGCGUGAAGUGUUUGAAAAAUAUCGGAUAUUCUAAGUUAGAAGCCCACAUUUACAACUAAAAUUUACUACGUGAACAAUGAUAAUUAUAAAAAUUGCAUAGUAUUUAUUAGAGGUAGGAGGAAAGACUUGCGUGUGAAUUUUCAUAAAUUAUUUAUUCUAAUAACAUUCGCAAUACUUUACUAUAAUUUAAUAAACUAGUACAAGGAGA